AUGCAACCAAAAAACAGAAAAAUUUCAUUCGUUGGAGAUGCAAGUGUUGGCAAAACAUCAAUUAUUAACAGACGUGUAAAAGGUAGCUUUCAAGCAGAAUUAAGCUCAACAAUUGGCUCAUCACAUGUAAAAUGCAUGGAAGACGUUGAUGGAAAAAAGGUAGAACUCUCCCUUUGGGAUACAGCAGGACAAGAAAAGUAUCAUUCGCUUGUUCCUUUAUAUACAAGAGACUCUGAUAUUAUUUUAAUUUGCGCUGCUUUAAAUGAUGAGGAUUCGAUAAACAAUAUCGAAAAAUGGCUCAAAAUAGCAGAGCAAGUUGACACAGCUGUUCCAUUUAUCGUAAUUAAUAAAUGCGAUCUUGAGGUACCAGAUGCAGACACGAUUAAAUCAGGCUUGGCCGAAAAAUAUAAACACAUAUACUUUAUUUCUGCACUUUCUGGGGAGGGUUUCAACGAAUUAUUCUACGACGUUGCAAAUGAUCAAAUAAAUAAGGAAGCAAUACAAGAAAGUGAAACUGUAGCCUUGGCUGGUGAUCCUAAAGAGAAGUCUAAAAAAGAUAAGAAAUCCGGAUGCUGUUAA